AUGGCUAUCUCGUCAUACCGGUUCGCGGAGGAUGAUCGCGUUCCGAGUCCACCGCCAAUUCGGGUUGUGGGGGUGGGGCUUGGCAUGAGACCCUAUAUCGAUAUAGCGGGGACUCUGCUCGAGGGCCCCUAUCACGAUGUAGCCAACAACGAGUUCCGCUUCAUCGAUAUUUGGGACCAUAAGCUUUACCGACUCGAUUUGGCCAAAGGUCUCGAGUCCCUGAGAGUUAUUGAUACCGAUGCCGCCCUCGGCGUCACCGCCAAUAUCUCGGGCGAGACCGGGAACCAACUGAUUGCCGGAGCCAAGCUUGGAUUCGCCCGUCUUGAUGGAACUACCGGGAAACUUACCUAUAUCCGCGAAGCCUGGGGCGAAAGUGAUGGCCCAGGGAAGGCGGAGAGCAAAGGCCGCUUCUGGGCUGGGGCCAUGAAUGAUCCCAAAAUCCAGUCUCCAGGCCCAGAGGGCGUGCUGUUCAGACUCGACCCAGACCUAACUCUCCACCGCAUGCUGUCACCGGUGACGAUCCCCAACGGAAUCGGCUGGAAUGCUGCGGAUGACACAAUGUACUUCACUGACUCACCAACGGGCAAGAUCUUCGCGUUUGACUUCGACGCCGUGACUGGCGCCAUUAGCAACCAACGCGUGCACUUUGACCUGGGCGAGCCGCUCGAGCCGGAUGGAUUCGCCAUUGACGUGGAAGGCUGCAUCUGGAGUUCCAUCUAUGGGGGAGGCAAAGUAGUGCGCAUCUCACCCGAAGGCACCGUCAUCGGGCAGAUCGACCUGCCCACGCGUAACCCGACUUGUCCUGCCUUUGUGGGCACCGAGCUGUUCAUCACAUCUGCCAAGGACGAUCGCGACGAUGAGCGGUUCCCGCAGUCGGUCAGGUACGGGGGCUGUGUGUUUAGGGUCGAGGUCGGAGUUCACGGUCGGCCGAAGAAUGAGUUUCGGUUCUAG